UCCUCUCCUGAAAAUGAAUAUAUUCAAACUGGACCGGACCGUCUUUAAAUAUUAAAUAAUUAAAUUGUACAAAAUUGAAUAUAUAUUUUGUUCGCUCAAUUAAAUAUAUCCUUUUCAUCCUUUUUUUUGGCUUCCGUUAUUUUAUUUUUAUUUUUUUGCAGUUCAGCAGCUUCCUUCUUUGCUUCUCUCCUCUCUCUCUCUCCCUCUCCCUCUCUUUCAGUCGCCUCUAAUUCCUCGCCGAUUUUAUUCGAUCCGUCGCAUGCCGGCGCCGUCGGUUUAGUGCCCAAGAAUCUCUCUCUCACACACAGAUCUGUAGCGUCGCGUCGCUUUCAGGUACGCCGUUUGCUGUUUGGCUUCCGCGAAAAAACCAUCAGGCAGACAAUUUUUUUUUUUUGGUCUCAGACGAACGGAGACGCUGAGCAGCAGUUUCUCGGUGUUCUAUUCGCUUUGAUUGGUAAUUGUUUCCGGGACAAUUGUCGAUCAUCUCAAUUCGAAGUGAAGCCAUGGCUUCGCUUCGCCUGCUUUCGUCUUUUUGCGUGUGUGUCUAUUUGCUUCGUUGUUUGCUUGCUGUUCUUGAAUAGUAGUAGAGUACGGCAAGUGCAGAAGCGACGCCAUGGGUGAACCCCUUUUCGUUUCCCCCUUUUCCUUAUAGAAUCCGUGUAGAUCUCGGCGAGGAGAUCCGGCUUGUUAGUGGCGGAUGACUGCUGAUUUUUUUUUUGGGAGCAAAUUGUAACUGUUGCUGUUUGUUGCUAUCUGAUUUCCCCCGUUUUUCUACCCUUGCCUAUCGGUUUUCCGGUUCGCAUGUGGAUCAGCUUGGCUGAGUCUUUUUCUUUUCUUGCUUUUUGGCCCUGCUGUUUGUUAAUUGCUUUUUCCGUGAGGGGAAAUGGAUUCGUGAAACCUGUUUGGUAAGAGUAUUCAAUGGAUGUUUGGCAGUUUCCAGCAUUGCAUGAUCGAUCACUUUCCUUCCUUUCAUCCUUUUGUCGGUCUAUUUCUCUUGGUUUUAACUCGUGAAAGAGAUCACAUCUUCUUCACAGGAUCUCGGAGAGGGAGGGGAAAAGAAGUUAACUUGUGUAUAGAAUUGGGAAAGAAAGGAAGUGUCGACUCAUCAAAGAUAGUUGACAGCUACUGUAAAUUAAUUUAUCUUCCUUCGGCCGGUUUGUCUUUUCAUGUUAGCUCAUCAUGUCGUUUUUCUUCCAUGGGUUAAAACUUCAAAUUCUUAUUUAGGAGUUGGUUGGUUGAUAGGUUCUACAACUCAUGGAAGUUGGAAAAAUUCCCUUUCCCUGUUUCAUUAAAUAUGGUAGAUUCUUUUGUCAUUGAGCUGUGGUAAACUGGCUGACACUGAGAUAAUGAUGUUUGCAGGCAGAAGGGCAGAAGAGGGGGAUACAAAAGAAAGUAAAUUUGGGUGCCCCAGAUGAUUUGGACAAAUGUUAUUUGCAGUGGAAGGAGGAGGAUUCUUCUCUUCUUCGGCUUCAGGGUAUAGUAAGGGACUGACCCUACUUCUCUUGGGUCAUCAGAAGAAAGAAGAGAGCAAACCCAUGAGAGUAGCUCCCUGGAAUCAGUACCAGUUGGUAGACCAAGGAGAACCAGACCCUGAUCUCCAGCUGGCUUCCCUCAAGAAUCGAGUUUCCCGCGGCUGCGCCGCUUCUUUGGUCUGCUUUGGUCGCGCUUCGGCAGGAGUUGAUUCUUCUGCCCCUUCUUCGCAUCUUAAAGUAGGUCCUGCCCAGCACCAGGAUGCAUUGCCAGUAGAUGAUAUUAAAGAAGAUUCAACAAUAGCUGAGAUUGAAGAUGAUAAGAGUGCAUCUAAAGCAGUUUCACUAAAGAGCAGCUUGAAGAAGUCGUCGUUAAAUAACGUUUCUGUUCCUGUAGAGGAUGCGGGUCAACAUGCUGCGUUGAACGAGCAGGUUAACGAUAUCCCUGGCCACAAUGGUAGAAGAAAAGUGCAGUGGACAGAUGCUUGUGGUAGCGAGCUUGCCGAAAUUAGGGAAUUUGAGCCGAGUGAACUGGGCUUGUCUGAUGAUGAAUUCGACAACGGCCGGGAAAGAAGUUGUUCGUGCAAUAUUAUGUGACACAGAUUCAGAGGGGGGCCUAAAAUUUUCAGCUUUGCUUUGGAGGUGAGAGAAGGUUGAAGCUUUUUUUGCUGAACGAUGACAGGGGAGAGGCACCUUGUUUGUACAUUUCCUGCUAACUGAGGUACCUCUGCUGUUGUUCUCGAAGAAUGAAAGGGCUGUGAGAGUUUGUUUAGAUGGGGAAUGAAAGCUUGGGAAUGUGAUUCGAGGUGGAGAAAAAAAGUUUGUCUCUUUUUCUUUCUUUUUUCGAUUCGAGCCUCUCUUUGGGAGGAAGUUGAUCAUUUUUCAAUCGUUUUCUUUCCUUUUCUAUUCAUUUUUUUCUUCUGUUGGGUUAGAGAAGGGGGGAAAAAGGAGAGAGAGAGAAGAAGAAGAAAUGGGGUUUCAAUUUUGUUGGUCUUCUUCCUUAUUCUUAAGUUGUUUUUGUGAUGAUAUUUUCAAUUCGGUUGUUUCCUUUUUCUUCCCCAGAUUCUUGGUGGUGUCAAUUGUUUGUGUUUUGGUUCCUUAUUCAUCAGUAUGUUAUGGAAUAAUAUGUUCCAAUUCUU